AAUAUAAAUAAGCUCCAUUAAUUUUAGCAAAUCCAAUGAUCACUGUUGGUUUUGAAAAUCUAACGGCUACAAAGAGGGUGGUACGAGGAUAGACUGAACAUGGGUUGGAUUGAAAACGGUCCCACAUACAGUAGCCAAGGAGAAAAAAAGAUCCGACAAAGAGGACCCGCUUCUCUCAAAAGGAGCUAUCAAAUUAUGAUACCAAAGUGAAUGCAAUCGAAGCUUAAUUGGGCGACUCAUUGAGCAAUCUCACGUCAUUGACUCCGCGAGAAGAAUGGAAUUUGAUCGGAUGUCGAUAGCUUCGCCUUACCAAAUUCAAGGUUUUAUCAUCAGCCACUUUACUAUUUCUGUCUUUCCCUUUGUUUAUCAUGUAUUCUUGAUCGCAUAAAGAAGUUAAGAAUCUUGAACUCUGAAACACUCCUGUUUAGUUUAGGGGAAUUGGAUCCCUAACAUAUGAUUUUUAGGGGAGUAUGUGACAGAACCAGUUAAAAUUUAUGGGAACUGAAGCAAACCCUGUUUUUCCAAUUUUGGGAAUCUGAAGGAAAGCUAAGUUAAUUUGGUGGGUCUUCCUUUUAUGCGUGCACUCUUGUUUAGAUUCCAGAGUGUGAAGAUUCCCAAACACGCCCGCUUGAGUUCAACGUCUGAAUCUGGUCACUUUUCGCUCACUGAAUUGAAUCAGAUCAGUCAUAAGGGUUUCCGGGUCGUCAUAUGCUGGUAAUACUUCUGGUUUAUGAUUUUUUGGUUUCUUCUAGGGGCGCAGAAAUGCAUGUGUUGGUGGAUUAUGCGAUUUGUGCAUGUCUAGGAAUGGAUUUUUUCAAUUGAAUUUUAGAUUUCUUCAUUGAAUUACGAGUUACCAGUGGAAACUAUCAUGCCGCGUGAAUAUUGUUGUUCCAACUUGCUUGUAGCUCUGCCCGAUGAUCUAUUUGCCAUUAUAUCCCAAUGCCUUUCACCAAGGGACAUAUGCAAUCUUAGUCUAUGCUGUCGGAGUCUUUAUGCUCUUAUGGCCUCUGAGAAGAUCUGGUUCCCGCAAUGUGACAUACUUAAUAUUGUGCCCCAUGGGGACCUUGUCGAGUGGAGAAAGGGUGUGUCAUCAUAUAAAGCGCUUUGUCGUUUCCUUGUAAGUGUCAAGCCAUUAACUGGAAUUUGGGUUCACCAAAAUCCUGAGCUUGGGAAUGUAGUUUAUGUCAUGCCUGGUUUUGUUUCUGUUGUUGGGUGCCGGAUUAUUCCACAAGAGCUAGGUCCACUUGGAAUUCUGGAUGGCCCUAUUCUAUGGGCACCAGUUUUUGAAGUAAUAGGUAAUUUUGAUGGUUCAACGGCCUUUAUUCUGCAUGGAAGAGAAAAAGGUUGUGACUAUUUUUAUCCUGGUUCUGUUAAGCCAAUUGAGAAGAAUUGCAAUGUGCUCUUACUUGAGGUUGAGCCUAGCCAGCAACCGAAUGGAGGUAAAUUGUUGUAUUGUAAGAGUUUUGCUCACCAUUCCGAUAAGGAACUAUCAAGAGAGAUUUCUAGGUCUGGUGGUGGAUUGUCUAAGUCACAGAGGGUGCUUGGACAGCUUGACGCUAAAGUGCCUUUCAGCCGUUUGGCUUUUAGUGACAGAAGAAAAUUGCUUGAGACUGUAAUGAGCCAAGUUCGUCAAGAUGUGCCUGAUUCGGCAAAUGGGCCCCUUUUUCCCCAAUUGAGGAUUGACGAGGACAACUUUCAGAGAGAUAUGGCUCUCUUAUCUGAAAGGAGAUCACUGCUCAUGCAAAUGUAUAAGCUUAGCGGAGGCUCCAUUGAGCGAAAGGAAGCUCCUGGAGCUCAUUUGGAUCCUACUCAGUUGGAGUUGAGCAAGAUCAGGAAGAGUCUCAAUAGCUCAAUUCAUACUUCUCUCAAGGCUGAUGAUGGUGACGUGAAUUCUGCAAGGACAAGAACUUUGGGUGGGUAUUUUAGGUAUAGCCUAAGGCAGAUAUUUGGCAAGUCUCGUGUGACAAACGGCCACCAUACAAUGUCAAAGAAUAAUUCUUCAAGUGGUGAGAGUAAGUAUGCUCAACUUCACGACUUUUUGAGAUCAAGCGAUACAAUAGGACUGACAUUGCAUGCCUCCACCAUGAAGUUAACUUCUUAUCGAGCAUGGCCAAAUAUGCAUGACAGUAGGUUUGCCCUAUACAAAUUGCCCCUUAGGGUCCCAAGAGCUGACCAGGAAUAUGCUGGUUUAUGGGGAGGGACGUUUGGUUGGCCUCCUGGGAAGCUUUCCGAGGAUAAACCUGGGAAGGCUUUGUUCUUUCUUCUGCUCUCAUAUGAAGAAUCAGAAGAAGAACGUCUUUUGAUUGCGACAAAAAUAUUGGAAGGCACCCACUAUGUUUUGCAUCCAAAUGGCUCAGCGAUGUUUAUAGCAAAUCUUGAUGAACCUUCAGUGGAUCAAUUUCCAUGGGAUACAGAUGGAGAUAGCCUUCCUCUGAUGGUUAGCCAUGCAUUUUCAGGGGAAGGUAUUGCAAAUGGCUAUGGUUUCAGAUAUCCUGGCUCAAAACCAGGUUCUCUCUUUGUUAUUCAUAAUGGUCUCCUUGCGUUCAUUUGGAAGGAGUCCAGGGCUGUGUUGACUUUGCAGAGGCUUAACUUGCAAGAACUAUUGAGGAAAGGAGAAAGGGUGCCUGCUUUGCCAGCAAUUGCCAAUUUUUCUUAUUUGACCAAGUCCUACUCAAAUGUGUUUGCUGGCUUCUCAAACCCUUCAACUUGCUUAUCCUCACCAAGGAAUAGACAUUUAUAGUCCACAUGUUUGCCAAGGAUAAAGUCCGCGUUUUCUUCACCAUAUAUGAUGCUCGGAUGUCUUCGGAGGCUGCUGCUGGUUUACCUUCACUUGGCUCCAGGUCACUUGUGGAAGCUCAGGUGCUCCUAAACCAAUUCCAGUAUUGGAUUCUUAAUCCUUUCGUCUUAAAAUAACACCAGUUCGGGUAUUAUUUAUCCAAUGAGAUGCGAUUUUUAUAGUAAUAAAACAAUAGAUAUAAGCAUUUUAGUAACAAAUAUAUAUAUAUAUGUUGCUUCUCGUGUAUUUCUGUGUAGGAAUGUGAGGUAUCACGAUAAAAAUUCCAUUUUUACUUGUUAUGAUUGAAGAAUCUGGAAACUUAACCUCACCUCCA